AUGUUGAAGAAAACGAUCGUUCUGAGCUGCCUGGUCGCGGUGGUCCUUUGCUCCGGCGACCUGGACACGGCUGAAACGGGAUGGGGUGGUGGCGGCGGUGGCGGCUGGAGCAGCGGCGGCGGUGGUGGUAAGAAGGUGAUCAUCAUCACGUCGGGCGGUGGCGGCGGCGGUCAUGGAGGCGGCGGCUGGAGCGGCGGUGGCCGCAGCCUCGGUGGUGGUGGAUGGUCCAGCGGAGGUGGUGGCGGAUAUGGCAAGGGUUGGUCCAGCGGUGGCGGAUCGUACGGAGGCGGCGGAUACUCGCAGGGCUGGCCAAGCAGCAGCAAGGGAUGGUCCAGCGGUGGGUCCUCGUUCGGUGGCGGCUAUGGAGGUGGCUAUGGAGGCGGCAGCCUCGGUGGUGGACACUCGGGCGGCUGGAGCUCGGGUGGAAGCAGCUUCGGUGGAUGGCCGUCGGGUGGCGUCAGCAAGGGUUGGUCGUCGGGUGGUAGCGGUGGAUACGGCGGCAGCCAGGGAUGGUCGUCGGGUGGUAGCGGCGGAUACGGCGGUGGAGGCCACGGAUGGUCCUCGGGCGGCAGUGGGCUGGGUGGUGGAUACGGAGGCGGUGGUGGCUGGAGCACGGGCCGCAGCCUGGGAGGAUCGGGCGGAUGGUCGUCGGGAGGGCUGAGCAAGGGCUGGCCAUCGAGCGGCGGCAGCAAGGGCUGGUCGUCGGGAGGCUACGGCGGUGGAAGCGGCUGGUCGACCGGUGGAAGUGGAUGGAGCGGUUCCAGCGGCUGGUAA